GUAGUUUUUUCUUUGCUAUUUGAUUAAUGUAUAACUCAAUCGAAUUGUAAAUUUAGAAAUUAAAAGUACAAGGCAUUAACAUUGAUUUGCAUUAAAUUUGAAUUGAAAAUGAAUGAAAUUAAUAAAGUGGUUGAUAUUCUGAAAAUACAACUGAGUACAAACAAAUCGCAGACACGUGCACAAAUAAUUUUCUAUUUAUUAGAGGUUUUACGUGAAAAUAACAGUGAAGAAUUAGUUACUCAAUUAGUUUACAAUGGAAUUAUUAGCGAUUUGUUACAAAACGUAAACCUCUUAUCCAGCAGGGAUUUUCUCGAAUGUCUGUUAAUAAUUGUCGGAAAAAAUGCAUUUUAUACAAAUGGAUUAAUAGAUGAAACUAUUCAAGGCAUCACAAAAUAUCAUCUUAUAGAUUCAAUAGAACUGUCAUCGUUAGCUGUGAAUCUUAUAGUAUCAAUAGUAACCAAAGUUUUCGUUGAUUUUACCGAAUCUCAAGGAAUUCAAUUAAUUCAAAAACAUGAAGAAAGCUUACUAAGUUUUCUUGAACGAACAAUUUUCGAUUCACAUUCAGUAUUGUCUGCAGCAAAGUUGUUCAAUUUUCUAAUAGAAUACAGUACAGAGAGCUUUAAAUAUAUUCACCUUAAAAUUAUUACAUUUCUAUACGGCAAUGUAAUAAAACUUAUUGAAGCAAAUAAUAUUUCCGAUUUAGAGAAAUUUCAAAACAUCUGCUGCACUUCAUUUACUUUAGCCAAUUAUUGUAAUGAAAUAACCGUACAAGAUGUUGAAAACAAAUUCAGUGGUUCUUCUUCAGCAACUACAAUGUUGGAUAUUCCAGAAUCAAAGAAAAUUCUAAUUGAAACAAUAAGACGAAACACGGUGAAGGAUUUUGACACUGUUAAUGCACUGAUUGAAUUUUUAAAUACUGUGAUAAAACUUUAUACAAUAAAGGACGAAACGUUAUGCAUUGAAAUGUUAUCCAGAGGAUAUUUAAAAUAUUUACUCGAGUUAUCAGUUUUGUACUAUGAAAAUAAUCUUUUCAGAAAUAAAGUUUGCAGUCUCAUGUCUGAAAUAAUAGUAAUAUUGAAAGAUUAUUUAAAAUUACCUAUAGACAGUUGGCAAGGAGGUUCAUCUGCAUUUCAAAUAUUUCUUCGCACUGGUUUUGAAACACUAACGGUUGACUGCCAACAAUGGGAAAAUCUUUUGAAAAUGCACACUUGUCAAGCUGAUUCAUUGAUGCUUUUAAUUUACUGUCAUUAUAUAGGAACUACAGAAAUAUUUAUCAUCACUCAAAAGGCCUUAACAGUAAAAUUGACUAGUGUUAUCGAAAAGUACUCAGAAGUCAUAUUUCUAAAAGCUAUUUGGUUACUAUUUUCGGCUACAGUUUUGGCGUCAAAUAUUUCAACUAAAAAUGAUCGUUCCUGUUUGAAAGCUGUUAAAAGCCUUGCAAUGUUAUUGCAAAAGAAAAAUAAAAUUGAAAUGGCAUAUACACAUAAUGAAGAUAUUCUUCUUUAUGCAAUCGCAGAAACUGACUUUCCAGAAAGAUUCAGAAUUAAAACUGUAAGCUUGUGGUUGGAUAAUAGCAAAAUCGAUAGAGAUUUGAAUGUAUUGAUAAAAAAAUGUCUGCUCGAAGGUUAUACCGAAUUAAAAAUUGUUAAACUUCUAGUGGCCAUAAUUCAUGAAAAUGAUGUAAAAGAUCUGAAUACAGUAUUAAAUGCAUAUGUGUCACUCUUACAUUCAGAAAACGUCAUUCCAGAUAAUGUGAUUGAAUUUGUUUGGAAAACACUGGCAGAUAAUUUACCGCAUUAUUCGUCAAAUAAUGCCUCAACCUAA